ACGGGAUCGGAACCGUGCACGAGUGUUGCACAACUACGUAUACUUUCUCCUCCCGUAACGUUCACGUCUGUCCGUCUCCAGCACUAUUUGCACGUCCAUCGAAGACACGAAGCGAUCUUCUGCAAAGGUUCGUACGAAAGGCAAACCGUUCACAGUCGUCUCAACUGCCCGCGGCUGCUCGCUAGCGUUUCCAAUUAACCGCGGCGGCGGCAACAAACGCAUCGCCGCUCGAACCACUUCUGUACCAAGAGUGCACGAAAAACGCUCGGCGAGCGAGGGCAUCGCAAAGUCACACACAGCUGCACCCCCGAAACGAGCGAGAUGCAGCGAGCCAGCCGGUGGGCAGUGCGGACAGCGUCUCUCUGGCGGCAGAGCCUUCGCGGCGUGUCGGGCUCGGCGGCGCUGCGCAGCGACCAACUGUUCGUGCACCGCGACGACGAGCACAACAACGCCAAGGUCAAGUUCGAGUUUACGCCCGAGAACGCCAAGCGCGCCGAGGCGAUCACCAGCAUCUACCCGGAGGGCCACAAGAACGCCGCGGUCAUCCCGCUGCUCGACCUGGCGCAGCGGCAGCACGGCUGGCUGCCGCUGACCGCCAUGCACUACGUGGCCGACUACCUGGGCAUGCCGCGUAUGCGCGUCUACGAGGUGGCCACCUUCUACACCAUGUUCAUGCGGCAGCCCGUGGGCCGCUACCACGUCCAGGUGUGCACCACGACUCCGUGCAUGCUGCGCGGCGCCGAGGACAUUCAGGCGUGCGUGGAACGCAAGCUGGGCAUCCGGCCGGGCGAGACCACGUCCGACGGCCUGUUCACGCUCAGCGUGGUCGAGUGCCUGGGCGCCUGCGUCAACGCGCCCAUGCUCCAGGUCAACGACGACUACUACGAGGACCUGCAGGCCAAGGACGUCGAGGAGCUGCUGGACGCGUUCCGGCGCGGCGAAAGGCCCAAGCCCGGCCCGCGCAGCGGACGCUUCUCGUGCGAGCCGGCCAACGGCCUGACGUCGCUCACCGAGCCGCCCAAGGGGCCCGGUUUCAAGGUGCGACCCUGACCUGUAGUCGCAGAAGAACCAGGAGUGUUUUUUUUUUUUAUAUUAAAGAAAAAUCUGUUAAGCGCGCGACCCCCCUCCCGUAAGCUUGACCCGGCCGUUCGUGUGGUCACUGCCUGUCCGAGCUGCCGCUUCGCCGUCGCCGUCUGUACGAGCGCUGGUUGCGGAAGUUGCAUCGGGGCCUCUUGAACUCCGGUCGGCCAGCACGCUCGCUGGCGGGGCUGCGAAUGGAGAAAGGGCAAACGCUGCACUCGCCUCUUUUAUUUUGGCGGCAAGUGACCCCUCCCCGCUGGGCAUGUGUGUAUACAAUCUGUGCCCUCUUGGUAGCGCCCACUUGCAAAGUUCUCGCUAGUUCUCUCUGAAAGACAUUGGGAAACACCGGGUGUGUGUACUUGCCAGCACCUCAAUACACAUGUAGGUUUUUUCAAGUUGCGAAAUAAAGCCCCAAGUGACCGUUCGGUGCAGCAUUGUGCACUACCGACCCUUGCUCACAAGGUGCUUCUUGGUAUUGACUUCACCUAGAUCAAUGCAUGCUGUUUACGCUCUAGGAACAGUGUGCAUUUUCUGUUUUUGGCCUUGCUAGGAAAAAACAGUAAUAGGGUACAUAAGCACAAUAUGCUGGACAAACAGAAAAGGAUAAGUGCUGCUAUCAACUAUUUAAUAACAGUGCUAUCGCAUGCAUCCCAUCACAUCACCAUGUCACCACACAAAACUAUGACAUAAACAAUAUGCACAUCAGUGUGCCAUUCAUGAAUCCAUACUGGAAGUGUGAAACCUUGUAGAGGCAUU